CCUCCCCGCCUCCGGUGAGAACCCGGAAGCGGCAGCGGUUGCCAGGAGCUCCACGUGGGCGCUGCAGCCAUGGAGGUGCCGGGCGGCGGCGGCCGGAGCGGAGCCCCGGAGGGACCGUUGCGUUUUGAGUGCCCGGAGGAGUUUGCUGCCAGCCCGUUUGCCCCUGGGCCGCCCCUCAGCCCUGAGUCGCUCCGGAGCCCCUCGAAGCAGCUGGUGCUGAUCAGAGCCCCCGCUAACUUCAGCCCUGAGAGCCUUGAAGGCCACGCCGUGCCCCUCAUGGGCUUCCAGAUUCUGAAGGCGCCGCAGUCGGACGGGACCCAGAAGGUUUACCAUGUCCAAGCGACUCCAGGGGACCGGGGCAGCAGUGCCCGCCUGCUCGUCCCAUCAGGCCACUUGGACCUCCUCACCUGCGCACCCCCUUUCAGCAGCUCCCUGACUUUUUGCGAGAGGUAUGGAGACCCCAGUGCCAACCAGCCCCUCUUCCCUGUGGCAGCCAGACCGGCCCCCCAAAUCCCCGAAGGCCUCAAGCAGCGCUUCCUGCCUUUUGGGGGCUGUCCAAAGCGGCCCCCUCCCGUGCAGGAAGCUGCCGAGGAGCACCCCCGGAAGAAGAAGAAAAAGAAGCGGACCCUCGAGAGGGUGGUGGACCCCCAGGAGCACCCCCUGGUGAAGCAAGAGGAGUCCCAGGCGAGUCGAGGUCCGGAGGCAAUUUCCGAAGAGCUGGUGGCGCAAGGGGAGAUGGCCCCCGAGGAAGGGGCUGGGGAGGAGGGGCGCAGGAGCAAGAAGAGGAAGAAGGAGAAGAGGAAAGAAGAGGAGGAAGAGAGGGUGGUGGCACCCGGGGAGGCUGAGCCCAGGUCCCAGGCAGGGGGGAAGGCUGCACACAAGCAUAAGAAGAAACGGAGGCAUGAAGAGGAGGCAGCUUCGGUGCCAACAGCCUUGGUGGGCCCUGCCUGCCUCGAGACCGAACCGGGGAGGGAGCUAAGCAGCCUGGGGGGCAGCCCCCAGGCCUGCCUGGCACAAGUCAAAGAGGAGCCUGAGCUUAGCCCUCCCAAGAAGAAGAAAAAGAAGAAGAGGGAGAAAGCCGAGGAGGAACGGGGGACAGCGUCGCUGGAGCCCAGCUCUGUGAAGCAGGAGCUGGGGGGUUGGGGGGAGCUGGAAGCCCCCUCUGGGCCACCCGGAGAAGGAGGAGAGGGGCAGUGGCAAGGGGAGUCCUCUGAGCCCAGAGCGGAGGAGCUCAGCCAGAAGCAUCACAAGAAGAAAAAGAAGAAGCACAAGAGGGAGGAGGAAGCGUCAUGGAAGGAGGAGCCGGCGAGCGAGCAGGAAUGAAAAGCUGCCCUCCAGCUCAGGUUGGGGACAUCUUGCGGGGUUGGGGUGGGGACAAAAACUCCUGCUUUUUCUGAGAACAAUGUCCCCCUCCACCUCUACGAACUCUACGCAGCUUGUCCGGUUGCUACAGGAGACAGAGAUUUGAAGGGGUCCCUGGUUUGCCCGCAGCUGCUCAGAUCCUUAUUUUCUGCCUCUGGAUUAGAUAAGGAGCUGUGAAGCAGGAACCAAACUUUCUUUUUCAGCAAAGCUUGCUCCCCCCACCCAAGAAAAAUAAGGGAGAAUCUUGAGGUGGGGAGUGGAUUUUGCCACACAGUGGUGUUUUAUUGCAAAGUGGGUGGGGAAGAAGAGAAAUGCUGUUGGCUGCUAGAAAAAUAAAAGGUUUUGUCCCCUUC